AGAGCAGAGCAGGCCACUCACAACACAACUGCUCUUACUUCUUACCAGGGCAGUAUUUCUUUACUCUGAACCACCUGCUUCAACUUUAUUGGGAGCAGCCAACCAGAACUGAAGCUUUGCCCUCUGGAGGAAACAUGGAUAUUUAACUGCUUCAAGUGAGAGCAUCUGUAGAGCUGCGGCCUCUAAACAGCCAUCAUGGGCAAUGUGAUGAGGCAGGAAAAGACUAACCCAGAGCCUAACAACUUUGACACCAUGUUCAAAGACUGUGACAGUCUUGUGGUGCUCUCUGAUUACCCAUGUCGAGACAUUAGUGAACCGAUCUUUAGGAUAGGGGAGAAACUCAAAGGUCUCUCCGAAGAUGGUUGCUGGUGGAAAGUCCGUUCUCUUCAAACAGGAACUGAGAAUUACAUUCCAAGUAAUUAUGUGGCAAAGGUUUAUCAUGGAUGGCUGUUUGAGGGGAUUAGCAGACAGAAGGCAGAAGAGCUUUUGUCAUUGCCUGGUAACAGUGUUGGAUCAUUCCUUAUUAGAGAAAGUCCGAGAGAAAGAGGUGUAUAUUCUCUCUCUGUGAGACACAGGACCAUAAAGCACUAUAAAAUAUUCCGUCUGACUAAUAGCUGGUACUACAUCUCCCCACGGCUUACCUUUCAGUGUCUGGAGGACAUGGUCAGUCACUACUCUGACUCAUCGGAUGGAAUAUGUUGUGUUCUCAGCGUUCCGUGUCUGGCUCUGUCCAGCCCUGCCCCGAGCACAACCCAGGAAGUGCCUCCUGUGGUAAUGCGCCGUAACUUGGAUUGGAAGAAAGUGAAUAAGUCACAGCUGAUGAGCCCAAGCGAGCUGGAUAAUGCAGACAGCAAAGAUAACAUGAUGAGCUACGGUGUGAGGAGCAGUAUAGCCGCCUAUCUAUCUUUAACAUCAGUAUCUGAGCUAGAGAACGCCAAAGGCCGAAAGAAGAAGAGCAAGUCUGUCUACGUGAUGCCUGACCACAGUAAUAUGAAUGAAGAUGAGGACUAUUAGCUCAUGAGCGCAGACUUUUAAUAUUUUAAUUUUAACCAACACAUUGCUAUGGACUGUAAUAUUUUUGCACUGGGUUAAGCGAAUCUUUCACAUACAUGCCCAGGUCACUUUUCUAUGGAAGCCGUUUCUGACACUUCUGAGUUUACAUCUCACAAUUCUACGUUUACAUUUCACAAUUCUGACUUUUUUUCUCAGAAUUCUGAUUUAACAUCUCAUAAUCCUGUUUUUUGUUGUUUGUGCCAUGGAAUAAAAAUGAAAAAAGUAAUUGCAAAUUUUUAUCUUACAAUUCUGACUUUUUUUCUCAGAAUUAUGAGUUUAUGUCUCAUAAUUCUGAAUUCUCAGUGAGAUCAGUUUGUCAGUCAGUCAAAACUGUGAGAUAAAAAGACAGUUACCUUUUUUUUAAAUUCUGUGAUGGAAACUGGCUUCCAUAAAUUUCACCCUAAAAUCAAAUAGAAAAAAGUGAUUUUUUUUUCACGAUGGUUGUUCACAUUUACUGUAGUGUGUUUGGAUGUUUUACUUUUGAGUAUUUUUUUUGUAAAUUCCAAUUAUUCUCAGUGGUGAGACAUUAGAUUCUUAGCAAUAUAUGAAAUUUCACUAUUAAACUUCACUAUUAAAGUAAAUCAAGAAAAAUGUUGACACACUACUUUUUUCUUGAUUUACUUUAUGUAGCCAAGCACCAAAGAAGAGCAUGCUUUUUUUUUUUUUUUUUUUACUUUUGAACUUCACUAUGAAGCACAGUUUCUUCUUUAAAAACACUGAAGCCAAAAUGUUACUAAAUAAUGCAGCAACAGAAUGUUACAGGAACAAGUUUAUAGCAAUACUUGACUUAACCUUUUAUGAAUAUUUGUGGGUGUGUGUAAAUUCAUAAGCACUUAUAAUUUAAUGUACAUACAGUAUGUCUUUAUCAAAGAGCCACUGUUUUCUUUCUUUAAACUAGUAGGUGGCAUGUUUAAUUAAAAGAAUGAGAGAUGGGAGACUUUCUCUUAUAUUUUAACCUU